CAGAAACCCUCCAUCUCGGAGAUGCUGCGGCUGCUGCUGCCUCUGCUGUGGGCAGGGUCCCGGGCUCAGGAUGCGAGAAAGUGGCUGGACAUGCAGCGGUCCGUGACGGUGCAGGAGGGCCUGUGUGUCCGCGUGCCCUGCUCCUUCUCCUAUCCCUGGGACUACUGGAGUUCCUCCCCUGUUCACCGCUACUGGUUCCGGGAAGGGGCCAGGGAGUUCCUGGACGCCCCCGUGGCCACAAGCAACCCAGAUGGUGAAGUUCAGGAAGAGACUCAGGGCCGAUUUCAUCUCCUUGGGGGCACCCACGACUACAAAGACUGCUCCCUGGACAUCAGAGACGCCAGGAGGAGGGACAACGGCUCAUACUUUUUUCGGGUGGAUGGAGAAAGGACGGGAUAUAGUUACAAAUCUGAACAGCUUUCCUUGCAUGUGACGGCCCUCACCCACACACCCCACAUCCUCCUCCCGGGGAUCCUGGUGUCCGGCCAGCCCUGGAACCUGACCUGCUCUGUGCCCUGGGCCUGUGAGCGGGGAACACCCCCCAUCUUCUCCUGGAUGUCAGCUGCCCUCACCUCCCUGGGCCCCAGGACCCGCCUCUCCUCAGUGCUCACCGUCACCCCUCGGCCCCAGGACCACGGCACCAACCUCACCUGUCAGGUGACGUUCCCCACGAGUGGGGUAACUGUGGAAAAGACCGUCCAGCUCAAUGUCACCUGGCAGCCAGGGCGCGUGGCAGGGGUGCUUCUGGUGGCCAUCUGGGAAGCGGCUGUCAAGAUCCUGCUCCUCCUUCUCUGCCUCAUGGUCCUCCUGUGA